AUGAAGGUCAUUAGGAUGGUGGCUUCGGUGGGGUAUUUGAGGUCCAUGCGGGCACAAAGUCGCGCCGUCUUCAAAUAUAUCUGCGACAUGAUGCUGAUGAAAUCUGAGCGGUCCUUAGACCUUCUCCAAGGCAUCUUAAUCUUCUUGGGGUUCUAUCACUAUAUCUGUAUGAGUCAUGCCCAUUAUAAUAAUCUCGCCCAUCUGGCAGUCAGCCUGGUGGGAGAUAUGGAUCUGAACACAUGCCCCAACUUGAAGGCUCGGGAGGAGCAUCAUCGCCUGGCUCUCGUGCGCGCCGAGGAACCGCGACCGAGAACGAAUGAAGAAAGGAGAGCCCUUCUAGGCGUCUGGUACAUGACUUCAAACGCCGCGCUGGUCGUCAAGCAAUUGGGACCCGCGAGAUAUACAAGGUACCUAGACCAAUGUCUGCAGGAACUUGAGAGUGCUGCUGAAUACGAGACCGAUCAGCUCACCGUACAGCUGGUUCGUAUUCAACAUCUCACUGAGAAAAUCUUCGAUUUCCACACUGGGGAUCAGCUCGUCAAUGAACUGCCAGGCAUUCCGAAAGCCGCGGCCGGGGAAUAUCUAGACGCAUUCCAGGCAGAGCUGGACAGGCUUCGGAACGAGCUACCUCUUCAUCUCAAAACAAACCGUGAGACCAUCCUCUGCGUCGAGUACGAGUUCCAGGCGCAUCACUAA